AUGGGCUACCACCCUUUCCUACCUACAGCUGCUGCACAGGUCAACGUGCUAUGUAUUCCUGCUGGGCCGAUAACGCCAGAUCGUUUCCAGGAAUUUAUCAAAUCUUUACAGAAUGCUGCGACUGUGGAGCGUCGAGUCGUGGACUCCUCUGCCUCUCCUGAAGCUGCAAACGCGUCCGCUGCAGGAAAUGGGUGUAUCUUUUACGACAUCUCAGCAAAUCAACAAAUAGGACGGCCGCACCUUUUUCCUUUCGAGACGAACUCGCGUUGCCAGGUGCUCCUGGGACUGAUUGAUGGCGAAAGAGUUAUAAAUGAACCAGCCCGUUCCUCAGAAGCAGAUGGCGCGAGUUUGGCGGGCGUCUCUGCCACGCUUGACUCUAUCAGAGCCGGGUUCGAGGAGCAGCUGCCCUCAAGCCCAGGCUUGGUCGUUCGCCGUCUUGUUUUCUGUGGUCCAGAACCUCCAGCCUCUCUCCCCAGUGACAUUCUCAGCAUGUCAGACUCUGAUGUUGAGAGUGCCUCCCACGCGGUAAUGGGCACUAUUUCACGGCAAUUCCUUCACGGCGUCGAAUUGAUACUUAAUGACUUCAAAGGUCAGCCAAUCAGUAUGGUGCCAGGUGCUACCUCACAAACUCCUCGACGCGCUGGCACAUCUCCCACCCCAGGGGACAGAAACUCUACGCCCGUAUCCACAAAGUCUCCAAGCCCGUUGCCGACUUCGAUUGGCUCGGACCAGCAGAGCGACACAUCAAGGGGGCGGUUCAAUAUUAUUCGAGGCAUGUUCCGGCUCCAAUGUGGCUCGUGGACGGAGGCAAUGAACUACCUCGCCGAAGGGGCCGCUAUAGCUCAAAAUGGUCAAGACCAUCUGUGGCAUGCAAAGGCCUUGGAACACCUCCUCAUCUGCAUGCUCCUUCUGUCAUGGUCCGAAAUGAGUUUUACUGUGCCGCAAAUCUGUCGCUCUCUACCUAAUAGGAGCGGAGCAUUUCAAGCUGAGGUUGCGCCAAAGUCAGGCGGCCCUCUAAAGACAUUGGCCCUGUUGCUACCGCCAAUGGUUGAGACAGUGCUUGAACUCUAUGCCAAAGUUGCAAAUCUGGACCUGGGUGGGUCUUUGCAAGACGUUUUGAGAGAGUGUCGUGUCAGGCUUGUGAACAUGCUUGUUUAUGUGAAGCGCGCUGGGGGUGUAUUGAACAAACAGGGCUUAAAUCAGAUUGUGGCGGGCGGCAGUUUGAUGCCUGAGAACUCAGAACACGCCAAUGGAGAGACUGUUGCCAUCUCCAAAGCUGGGCUUGCCAAUAUCCUGAUUGAGACGCUUCAAGAAGCUCAAUCGAGCAGGAAUUUAUCACACCAUACGAGUAUCCUGGUUGCAGUCGCCGCGAGUCUAUCCAUAUUGGGGUUGGAUCGCAAACAUGCCUUCUAUCUCAAGCAGCUCAUGCAACAAUUCGCCCCAAGGCUGAUCGAGGCGAGGAAAAUCGGUGCCUCCGAGGCCGGGAUUCAUCCAGCAGCUGGGCUGCCACCUCUUAACACUGCCCUCCUGGGUAUCCUCCCGGAGAUGAUGAUUGGCACCAGAGCUAUGCUGAACCUGGCGGCUGGAGCAUACGGCGUACCUCUGCCACCAGUUCCCCCACCAGCACAGAGGAUUCCUGCUGAUAUCGAUAGCAUCCACAAUAGAACGAGACUGUGGGCAAUCGAGCACAGCUCUGGGGACGUCAUGCUGAAACUAGAAAUGCUGCGAACGUGCGUGACUGUUUGCGAAGCGUUGCCCGAUGUCCCCGCCGGGCUCCAUUUCACGUCGACCAUAUUGCGUGAUGCAAAACAAAUCAUCACCAUGCCCAAGUAUUCAACGGAUGCGGUUCCCUUGGUCUCUGCAGAAGAGCAAGUACGCCUUCUCGACAGUCUCAAACGCGCCGUUUCAGCAGCCUCGCGGUUGGGUGCCGAAGGGUGCCGUGCUGAAUACUGGGAUGAUUUCCUCGUCCGAGAUGUUCAAGUUUUGGAACAAGGCUCUUUUGCGAAGCUUAUUGCACACAAGCCUAGCGACCUCAGCAUCCGUGGGAGUGGCCUUGUCGAAACGGUGCGAGAUCCAUUCAUAUACAAUCCUUUCGCGAAAGACAAAUCCGUUGCAGCUGCUCCCGUACUGGUAGCUGGGGAGCUAGCUACAUUUACAGUCCUCCUGCAGAAUCCGCUUGAAGUGGGCAUCGAAAUCGAGGAGAUCAGCCUGCUGAGCGAAGGAUGUGAUUUCACUCCCUCACGCCACAGUAUCGUGAUGGGUCCCUUCUCGACCCAGAUCUUCACCCUCAGCGGCACCCCGACAGGAAGCGGCGAUUUACAAAUCAUCGGGUGCAGAGCAACCGUGCGCAAUUGCUAUGAGCAGGACUUCCUCAUUUUCCGUGAUGAUUGGAAACUCGCUGUGAUCCCGAAGCAGAAUGCGCUUGGAAGAGUCAAGUCUAGAAAAGCGCAGGCUGCUGACAAUGAUGGGUCCUUGCUGAGUGCCGGUUUCCCGUUGGAUCUACCCGAAGCAUCACCCUUGAAGCUUCGGGUCAUCGGCUCUCAGCCUCAGCUUGUCGCAAGAUCCGACAGCCUGGGUGAUCCUGCCAUUAUGCUGCUGGAGGGGGAGCGACGUGUAUUUGAUCUCACGCUCAUCAAUGAAAGCCAGACCGUGGCAGCAGAUUUCGUCCUUGUCACUACAGAAGACUCUGUCACCUCCAGGUUGCAAGAGGCCCUCACGAACAAAGACCUCAGCCCUGCGGAAAUGUACGAGAUCCAGAACCAGCUCACUGUACACCCGGCUGUGUAUAUCACGGAUCAGCGCGAUGAGAUAUCCUCCAAGAUCUUAGAGGCUGGCCAGAGCAUUGCAUACAGUGUGACGAUUUUUGGGCGAGCAGGCCUCGUGAGUGCCGCUGUACAAGCCAACUAUGCGUACCUUGGAUCACCCUCGUCCGAAGUAAAAGGAACAUUCUAUACCAGACAAAUCCGGUUUCCCAUCUCUGUCACAGUCAAUGGCUGUGUGGAAAUACCACGAUGCAAUAUCUAUCCGAUCCACAGUGACUUCAGCUGGAGUCCUGGUCCAAGUGCAGAUGAAUCAAGGAAGAUAGCCGGAAAUGAUCGAGGCAGGGGGCCGAGCGUAUCUAUGCUAUCCAAUUGGCUCAAGUCUCGACGUGAUGCCAGCCAAUACUGCAUGUUGUCGCUGGAUCUCCGGAACGUCUGGCCACAGCCCCUUCACAUUGAACUGCAAGCUCGGAAGCAGAACUUCGAAUACUCUGCCGACGAUCAGCUCUGGGAGGAUGCGUAUUCAGUGACCGAGACACUGCAACCAGGCCACGUCAGCCGGGUGAUUUUGCUGGUUCCUCGCCUUUUCAUUCAGGACCCUCAUGCACCAAUUCCGAACCUAGAUGUCCAGAAGCAAUUUGUGGUAACGACAUCCAACCUGAGCGCAGAGGCAGAAGCGGCCAGCCGAGAGUCGUUCUGGUACCGCGAAGAGCUACUAAAAUGCCUACGAGGCACGUGGCGGGAAGAAGGCUCAGGUAGACAUGGAGAGAUUGACCUGAGAAAAGGUGUCAGAUUGAGUCCACGGAUGGUGGACGCCCUUAAAGUCGAGCACGUCGAAAUCGAUUUCGCCCUCAAACCGCACGAACAUUCUCAAGAUAUAGACGGCACUGGAGGCACAGCCGUGACACAGAUCGGAAGAUCACAUUUCGUCGUCCAGACCGAGGUAUUCGCAACCCUUUCGGCCACAAUCCGGAAUCACACGCAAGAGCCGCUGCGUCUACUCCUUCGCCUCCAGCCUGCUCUUCGGUAUCAACCUCAUAACAUCGCCCUGGAUCUAACGAAGCGGUUCCUCUGGACGGGAGUACUCCAACGUGCCCUGCAUCCCGCCAUUGAGCCCGGAGAUCAACGCCUCUGUGGAAGAGAUCUGCCGUAA